AAACCCUAAUUCUGAAUAAACAUUACACGAUUCUCACUCUCUCUCUCUCAUCCAACUUAUCAGUCUCCUUGUUUGAUCACUUCUGUCGUUCUGCCUAAUUGGUCUGUCUCCGACCUAGCUUCGUCUGCCUCUUUCUACGCAGUUGAAGCCAAGCUACAAUGGGUAAGGAGAAGGUUCAUAUUAACAUUGUGGUCAUUGGUCAUGUGGACUCUGGCAAGUCGACAACUACUGGGCACUUGAUAUACAAGCUUGGAGGAAUCGACAAGCGUGUGAUUGAGAGAUUCGAAAAAGAAGCUGCGGAAAUGAACAAGAGGUCAUUCAAGUAUGCUUGGGUUCUUGACAAGCUUAAGGCAGAGCGUGAACGUGGAAUCACAAUUGAUAUUGCUCUUUGGAAGUUUGAAACCAACAAGUACUAUUGCACUGUUAUUGAUGCCCCUGGUCACCGCGACUUUAUCAAGAACAUGAUCACGGGUACUUCUCAGGCUGACUGUGCUGUUCUUAUCAUUGAUUCAACUACUGGAGGUUUUGAAGCUGGAAUAUCGAAGGAUGGUCAGACUCGUGAGCAUGCUCUUCUUGCAUUCACCCUUGGUGUCAAGCAGAUGAUUUGCUGCUGCAACAAGAUGGACGCCACCACCCCCAAGUACUCCAAGGCAAGGUACGAUGAAAUCAUCAAGGAGGUCUCUUCCUACCUGAAGAAAGUUGGUUACAACCCAGACAAGAUUCCAUUCGUUCCAAUUUCUGGAUUCGAAGGCGAUAAUAUGAUCGAGAGGUCUGCAAACCUCGACUGGUACAAAGGCCCAACUCUUCUCGACGCUCUCGACUUAAUCUCAGAGCCUAAGAGACCAACCGACAAGCCUCUCCGUCUCCCACUUCAAGACGUGUACAAAAUCGGAGGUAUUGGAACUGUGCCAGUUGGAAGGGUCGAAACCGGUAUAGUAAAACCCGGAAUGUUAGUCACUUUUGGCCCAACCGGUCUCACAACUGAAGUAAAAUCUGUCGAGAUGCACCACGAGGCUCUGCCGGAAGCCCUACCAGGCGACAACGUGGGGUUCAACGUUAAGAAUGUCGCGGUUAAAGAUCUAAAACGCGGUUUCGUCGCGUCUAACUCGAAAGACGAUCCUGCAAGGGAGGCUGCCAAUUUCACAGCGCAGGUGAUCAUAAUGAACCACCCUGGUCAGAUCGGAAACGGUUACUCACCGGUCCUCGACUGCCACACGUCUCACAUUGCGGUUAAGUUUGGCGAGAUCCUAACGAAGAUUGACCGUCGAUCUGGUAAAGAGAUCGAGAAGGAGCCCAAGUUUUUGAAGAACGGGGAUGCUGGUUUCGUGAAGAUGAUUCCCACAAAGCCAAUGGUUGUCGAGACUUUCUCGGAAUAUCCUCCUCUAGGGAGAUUCGCUGUUCGUGACAUGCGACAAACAGUUGCUGUCGGUGUUAUUAAGAGCGUCGAGAAGAAGGAUGCUUCUGGUGCUAAGGUCACCAAAGCUGCCGUUAAAAAAGGCGCCAAGUGAAUUCAUUUUCUCAUCUUAUUUUCGUGUCUAAAAUUUAUGUAGUAACUAUAUUAAUUCGAAUCGAAACAUUCAGGUGGCGGAGUUAAAUAUCUAGAUUUAUCGGUACAAUAGUCAUACUCCAUGAACUGAUUUCUAACAUUCCAAUAGCUUAUUUCCUCAUCAGA